AUGGGACUGAUAUUAAGAUGGAAAGAGAAAAAACAGCUGUCUAGAAAGCAAAAGGCUCAGAAAUCGAGAAAACCUGCUAACACAUCGUUUAGACAACAGCGACUUAAAGCCUGGCAGCCCAUCUUAUCGCCACAGAGCGUGCUACCGUUGCUUAUUUUAAUGGCAUGUGUCUUUGCGCCCAUUGGUAUUGGGCUGGUGGUCAGCACAAUAAGUGUUCAGAGAUUGGUGGUAGACUACACAGAAUGCGAUGCACUAGCAUCAGCAAAGUAUUUUGAAACGGUUCCCUCUGAGUUUGUCGACUAUCACUUCAGUAGCAAGGUUGCAACUAAACCCGAAUGGAUGCUACUCACCGAUCCUGAGGUGGGUAAUCAGACAUGUCGCAUACAGUUUGAAAUUCCAAACCAUAUCAAGAAAUCUACUUAUGUUUACUACCAUUUAACAAACUUUAACCAAAACUACAGAGAAUAUGUACAGUCACUUGAUCUGAACCAACUGAAAGGGGAAGCGCUGAUCGGGGACGAUCUGGAUCCCAACUGCGACCCAUUAAGGACCGUAAACAAUAAGACUAUAUUUCCCUGUGGACUGAUAGCCAAUUCAAUGUUCAAUGAUACAUUUGAUACGACAUUUAGUGGUGUAAAUGGGACUCCUGAUUACUUACUUAGCACAAAGGGCAUCGCAUGGGGCACCGAUCGUCAUAGGUAUGGAAAGACCGAAUAUAAUGCGUCCGAUAUUGUACCACCCCCAAAUUGGGCAAAUCAAUUUCCCAACGGUUACACCGAUGACAACAUUCCGGACUUGCAAAAUUGGGAAGAAUUCAAGAUUUGGAUGAGGACUGCUGCGUUACCUAAUUUCUAUAAGCUAGCAAUGAAGAAUGAGACCAACGGAAUAGGCAAGGGUACUUACAUUGUUGAUAUAGAACUAAACUACCCAGUCAGAUCAUUCUAUGGAACCAAAUCCUUCCUGCUAACCACAAAUAGCAUCAUUGGCGUCGGUAACGAAGCUUUAGGAGUCGUGUACUUAAUUGUCUCUGGGAUUGCGACUCUCUUCGCCAUUCUGUUCCUGAUAAAGGUCAUAUUCAAACCAAGACCGAUGCAUGAUCAUAGUUAUCUAAAUUUUGAUACUAGCGAUACUCAGUUCGAAGAGAAUAGCAUCAUUAGUAUUCCAUUACGAGAAGUUUUAUGA